AUGAAUUCAAUUAUUGUUUUUGCUCUCUUUGUAAUUGGAGUGGUUCUUGCAGGACAUGGACAUGAUAACGCCCACUACAAAUUUGAGUACGGUGUCCACGAUCCUCACACACACGACCACAAAUCCCAACACGAACACAGACACGGCCAUGACGUAACUGGAGGAUACACAUUGAAAGAAGCCGAUGGAACUCACAGAGUUGUCAAAUAUAAAUCUUCUCCUCACAAUGGAUUCGAAGCUGUCGUUGAAAGAGUAGGUCAUGCCCAACAUCCCGCUCACUACGGCCAUGGUCAUGGUCAUGGUGGUCAUGGGCACGGUGGACACGGAGGAGCUACCAGUUAUGUUGGAGUUACUCACUGGGCUAACCAAGGAAGUGAAGGUGGUCAUGGGCAUGGAUAUUAA